CAUCACAUAUCACCUAGUCUACGGUGGCCAGUACGGUUAGGUGCGUCUCGGCGGUCUUCUGUGUACAUCUGCUCUGAAUGCUUCUGGCAGCUCCUUGCUUCAGAUGCUCCCACCGUGCCACGGCUCGCACCAGGAUCGCCCUCUGCCUCGAUUUCGGCUGCUCGGGAAGCGCAAACCGUUUCUCGAUCCCGAGCCUGGCUGCAAAUUCGUCAUGUCAGAAGACGGAGAAGGGCUACAGAUCGGAAGGGCAAACGAGGGCGAUUCGUACUUCAAUAUCACGCUAUCGUACACGCAAGAAGACGUGAGGAACGCGAAGGUCGCGCUUGGCGUCGGGUUUUGCCCGGACGUCAAUAUCGACGCACGCUUCGUCUCCGCCGUCUUCCGCGUCACGUUUUGGUAUUACGACGCCCAGGAGCGGCGCUUGCCUCUGAAGAUACGCGAGCUCUAUCCGACCGACCUCCGGGAAGACGAAGCGGACGUGCACAUCGGCCGGGGCUCGGAGAGAAGUGCGAGCCUCAACUUGGGAUACUCAUCAGCUUCUGUCGGAAGCACAGCGACUAGCUCAAAAAGCGCAGAAUACACGCGCAAGACGUACGCUCAAGUCCGAGGUCAAGGUAUACACGGGAACGUCGCCGAGUGGACGUUCCAGGAAAACAAGGCGGAGCCGGGUCGCCGUGGGCUCAAGCCUCAGUACGACCUGUCCGUCACGCUCCAACAAAUCGCCACGACGCGCUUGGUUUGCAUGGAGUUCUGGAGCAAGGCUGUGCUGGUGAAGGGAAAGAACUUGGUCGGGGCAACAAUCACACUUCCUAUCGGGACGGCAGAGAAGCCGCACGAGCGAAAUCUGGAUUUAAGUAACGGAGUCAGUAAUAGCGUCCAUAGUCCACAGCUGUCCUGAUUGUUGCGAGUAAUGCACACCUUUUACUUUGAGCUGCUAUGCCAACCCAAUGCAUACCUUAU